AUGCCUCGCCCACCCUCGCCGUCAAUCCCAGAGAAAGAGUUCCUCUCUGCUUCUCUCAAGCAGUCUCUUCGCCUCGAUGGUCGCAAUAUGCUGGAGAUGCGCAAGCCCAAACUCACCUUUGGCCCCGAAUUGGGUUGGGUUGAGUGCGCACUUGGAAAAACACGAAUCAUAGCGCAGGUGGACGCAAAAAUGGUGAAGCCACCGCCAGAAAGGCCGCUCGAGGGAAUCAUCACGAUCCAUUCUGAGAUCUCCCCUAUGGCAUCGAAUGAAUACGAAGCCGGUCGACCCUCUGACGAAGAAGUGACAAUUACGCGCAUGCUGGACAAAGUGUUGCGGAGGAGUGAUGUUGUAGACAAGGAGUCUCUAUGUGUCCUUGCGGGGCAACGAGUCUGGCAUCUGCGUUUGACUAUUCAUUGUCUAGCCGAUGCAGGCAAUAUGCUGGAUUGCGCUUGCUUAGCAGGUGUGAUCGCGCUGAAGCAUUUCAGACGCCCCGAAGUAGAGGUCGUCGGAGACGAAGUAACGAUCCAUCUCCCGUCGGAACGCGCUCCUGUCCCCCUCUCAAUGCACCAUACGCCUUACUGCUUUACCUUCGCGUACUUCUCUGAUCCUGCUACCUCGCCUGUCCUGGAUCCGUCUCACCUCGAGCAGGUUCUCAGCGCAGGUUUGCUCUCCGUUGCGCUCAAUGCGCAACGCGAGCUGUGUGUUGUGCAGAAGGCGGGCGGCGUCCCGCUCGCGCCAGAAGAGAUUCUGCGCAUCAUAAAUGUUGCGGUUGACAGAGCAAAGGAGCUGGAUAAGAUUGUGGAAGAGCGGCUGAAAGAGGAUUGGGCCGGACGGACAGUAGAAGUACGGUGA